AAAAAUAUUAAUUGAAUGAUAAACCGCAACAUAACUUUAUUUCAAACAGAACGCACAAAGCGAGAAUUGUCUAAUGUCGUAGAUGAUAGAUUCUUUGUUGAGACAAAUGUUUUCAAAAAAGCCAGAAAAAUACUAAAUGAAAAGGGGAUAGUAUUACUGACCGGUCCAUUGGGAGCAGGAAAAUCUACAAACGGUAUCAAACUCGUUACAGACCCAAAUAAAUGCUUGAAGGUCAAUAAAACUUCACACUGGGAUAUUCUGAAUACUUCUAUAGUAGAUACUGUAUUGAUUGAUGAUUUAUUUGGAGACAAAUUUGAAAAGGGUGAUAGCAGAAAAUGGCAGACGAUCUUUUCCCAGGUUGGUCAUUAUGUAAGAGAUAAAAGUCUUAAGGUCAUUAUUACGUGUCGUACAUACAUCAUGAAAGAAGCCCUCGAAUCAAUGAAUAUUUCACACUUGAUAAAUGACAGUAAUACAUUGACAAUGACAUCUACAGACUUGACUGACACAGAAAAGAAAGAAAUACUUCAGAAGCACAUUGACAUGAAAGGCAGAAAACUUUCUGCUGAAAAGGUCACAGACUGUAUAACUGCAGCAAGCAAAACAUCGCCAUUUGCUGUCGGUUUUCCUGAGUGUGCUAGGCUAUUUUGUCAACAUGAUGAUCUUUUCAAACAGGAACAUGCAUUUUUUGAAAGUCCAUUUACACAUCUUAAACAAUGUCUUGAAGAGAUUUUCAAAAGAGAUGAAAAGGUUUUCCUUGCUUUCUUUGUUCUCUGGGCCCAAAAACCACAGAAAAUUUAUUGCAAUAAGCUAGAGCAGACAGUAUCAUGUACUCCAAGAUCAAUAUUAGAUCCAAUUCAACAGUUACAGUUCAGACCUGAAAAAGAACUAAGAACUAUUAGAGCAUCACUUUUGUCUCACAGUUCAGACUUUAUACACUAUGACAAAGUAAAAGAAACUAUUACUUUUAGCCAUAGUAUCAUUAGCGACGUUUUUGGACUUGUUGCUUAUGAAAGAAACGGAACGGCUGUGUUGAAGUACUGUCCUUCAUCAUUCAUUGCCAAGUUUGUCCGCAUUGAUGACAACACACGUGGCAUGGCUGUCCAAAGGGAGGAGGAGUGUACUGGCCUCGAAAUUUUUAUACCGCGUUCCAGGUUUGAUGUUCUCUCCACACGAAUUGGAGAUAUACUUGUGGAAAUAAAUGGUGGUCUGAUUAAAGAGGAGUCUGUCUGUCCCGUGAUUGUGGUUGAUUUGACAUGUAAUGAAGAUCAAAAUGAGUCUCAACCCCAGUAUAUGAAAUGUUUUCCACUCCUCUAUCCAGUUUUCCGUAGCAAGCUGUUUUGUGAAAUUUUCUUGAAAGAUACAAUGAAAGAGAAAGCUGUAAAAAUACUGACAACACCAGUAUCGACAGUUGAAGAUGAAUUUGAAGGUUUCAAAAAGAUCCUCGAUAAAAGCAUAUGUAAAGCUGACAUAUGCUUGUUUGCAUUUUUGGUGAAACAUUCUAUGACAGAAUUCAAAGAUUUUCUUUCUGUCUGUUACAAUGAAAUGAAAACUGCGGACAGACAAUCUGAUGACGGUUGCUCUAUUUUGAAAACCAAUAUUUUGAUUGGGUUACUUCUCGCAGUAAAACAUGGUAAUAAAGAAAUGGUAGAGUUCUUGGCAAAUCUGGGCGCUCCUGUAGAUGAUCCAAAUGUUAUUCUCGCUGCACUUGAAGUAGCUAAUAGGGAAAUCGUCACGUUUCUGUUACAAAGAAGUAACAAGGAAAUAAGCAGUUAUACAAAGAACGGUAAACGUUUAUUGCAGAUGUUUCUUGAGAAUGAUAACGAAGAAGCCGUGACAUGCAUACUCAGCUUGAACUGCUCUGCAGACGAAAUAGAUACUACAAUUGAAGAUGACCUGAAUCAUGACACUUUAUUGCACAAAGCAUGCAGAAAAGGUCAAAAAGAAGUUGUACAACAAAUGCUACUGCGAAGACCACGUAUGUUUUCACGGAACUUAAAUGGAUUUUGCCCUAUUCAUGAAGCGGCUGUGGAGGGAAAAACUGAUGUAGUGAAACUAUUGUUACAGCACAACAGACAGCAGGCCGACUACGCUGUAAACCUGACUGACAACAUGCAACGUAUUAAACUUUACCACAUAGCUGUCUUCCACCAAGACAUAGACUUAAUUGACAUUCUAGAAGAGCUUAGUAUACCGGUAGACUGUGUUGAUGACGUUAAGAAACAGACUCCAUUUAUGUUAGCACUAGAAGAAAGAAAAUGUGGAGUGGUAAAGAAACUUGCAGAUAUUUCAGUGAGACAUGGCAUACACAAUGCUACCGAUUACAGAGGACAAACAGCGCUACAUAUUGCCAUGAAAAAACUACCAGAGUUGAAAGACACCCCGGAGUAUGAUAUUUAUCUUGAUAUCAUUGGACUGCUUCCUCAGCAAAGUGAUAAAGAUAUCAGUUUGCCAAAUACACCAGGCACAUCGACCUUGCAAGUAGAUGAUUUAGCUCAAGAUGGACAAAUGCACGCUAUCGUAGUUAACUUAGAUCAAUGCGAUAAUCCUAAAAGAACAUACUUAGAGGAAGUUGGUGACCAACAUAACUCUUCUCACAUAAAUGAAGCUGACAAUCAAACCCCGGCAAAGAAAAGCAAACCAUGUGAUUAAAUACUGCUGAUUUCAUUCAAUUUAAGAAACGGAAUAACCUAAUAUACAGAAGAAACUUUUACCAAUAAAAUAGUAAUAUCUGAACAUUUUGCAUAAAUUGCUACAUGUACAGGUUAUGAAAUUCUUGUAAAUAUAUUAAGAACCUAAUUAAUUAAUUAAUGAUAAAAUGAAGUUAUCAUGUACCUAGUGAUCUUACCCUAGCUGUCAACACUGGCGUAAACCUGUUCGGACAUGAAUAGCCCCUAGGUCAUGGAAGGAAAACAAGAAAGCGGGUUAAGUAUAAGACGGAAAGCUACAAUACAUAGCAAAUAAUUUUAAACAAAGCAGAGAAAGGCACUGCAAUGAGAAUAAAAUAAAAACGAGCGAUCGUACACACCAUUACAGAAAUGUAAAGAAUUUGAGUUAUACACACAAUCACACCGUAACAAACAUAUCGUUAAAAAGUAAAAUCAUAAAGUUUAGGAAACACUUGAAAAUGAGACACAGCUUAGUAUAUCUCGGUCUUUAAACAAAUUGACAAAAAGUAACUGUGUUCCAAUGAGAAACAAACUUUUCACAAUUGUACAGUCAAACAAGAGGACAUACGAUAUAAUUAAGGUCAAAACAUAUUAAAGAGAAACACAUUUGAGUGUCGUUCUUAAAAGAACCACCGGAGGAGAAGAUAAAACCAUUUAUUUAACUUGUCCAUACUCUUAACCUAGAGAACACAAACAUGCCAAUUGAAACUGAAACAAAUGGCUUGGUAGCUGUAAGAGAAAUUGAAAAAGGAACGCUGUUGUGAUCAUAUGAAUUGAAACAGAAAGUAUCCUUAAAGUGAACUGGUCUACAAUGGGCAUAUUUUCCUCAAAUAUUUCCAAUUUUGAUAAAAACAGUUGAAAUGCACCAUUUGGAUAUUCUUAUGAAAUAUUUCUUGAAAAAAAUGUUGAUAGAGUUCUUAGCGGUUUAAUAUGAGGAAUAAUAACAUUUUGUUCUAGACAAAUCUAUUUGCUAUAUAAAUGUACAUGUAUGUUAUAUCGGACUAUGAAUCUCUUACUUAUUAACAACAUCCAUAUAUAAUAGACUUUGUGGUUUGCUAUCAUAUAAUAAUACUGAAGAAUAUCAACAUAAUCAUUUAUAGUAUUUCUAUACCAAUUCACUUUAAAACGAUGUUAACUUUAACUGACACAGACAGGCAAAGUCCUUCAUUGCGAAAACAUAUAUUGACGAGGCUUCCUUAUUUGUCCAUUUUCAAAAAUUAAAAAUCAUAAAACCAGAGUCAUCUUUUUGUUCAAUGAACAUUGAACGAGAUAUUCAGUCAUUUUCUGCUUCAUGUCUUUGUGUUAAUGCAAACAAGCUGAAUAUAAUAAUUCUUCACUUAAUUUGUCUGAAAUCCAACAUGAGCUACAUGUAAUUGUUUUUCUAUGAAUUAUAUUUUUCAGUGUUACUUUACUACAAUUUUUAUUUUGUGUAACACUUGAAACUAACCCUUUGUUAGAAUUGCAAUUGUUAUUGAUUAUCCUAUAUGAAGAAUCAUAUUAAAUAGAGAUUAGCCCAAACUUUUAUCAAGGAUUUUGUUUAAGAGGUCGUUGGCAUAUAGACUAGUAUAGGCAUGCAAGUUUAAAUUGUCUUUUUAUUAACAUAUGUUUAUUGACAAAAUAAAAAUUAUUUA